AUGGUGAACUUUCUUUCAGUAACUUGCGCCAAGUCUCCGCGGCAGGUGAUCAAUAUUCUCAACUACGAGAGCGGCGAGAUCGACAUCAUCCUGGCUGAGGUUGAUCUGCCGGUCUCCAAGUGCCUCAAGAUGCUCAAGUACAUUGCCAGGAACAAGGACCUGCGCCACAUCCCCAUCAUCAUGAUGUCCAACAGAGAUGAGGUGUCUGUUGUUGUCAAGUGCUUGCGGCUUGGUGCGGCCGAGUACCUGGUGAAGCCGCUGCGCACGAAUGAGCUGCUGAACCUCUGGACCCAUGUGUGGCGGCGGAGACGGAUGCUUGGUUUGCCCGAGAAAAACUUCUUCAAUGACAACUUGGAGUUGGUGCUCUCAGAACCUAGUGAUGCCAAUACCAAUAGCACCACCCUCCUCUCAGACGAGACUGACGAUAGGCCUAAAGAAAAUAUGAAUCAAGAAACAGGCACCUCAAAUCAACUUGAAUACGAGUCUAAUCCUUCUGUCACUGAGCCUGACCAGAGAGACAAGAUGGAGGGUGUACCAGGCUCUGUCCUAGAUGCCAGUCAAGCAUCCUCUCCGGGAAGAAUGUUUUCACGCCCUAUAAAAACAAACCUGAGGAUUGCUGAGUCAUCUGCAUUUCUAGCAUAUGUUAAGGCAAGCACACCAACCACCAGCUCAUUUGAUAGCGAAUUACAAAGAGGUGGCAGUCGGUUAGAUUCUUUGGAUAACCAGUUUAAUCCUGCUGGCAUGAAUAUGCACUUAAGUUCAAGUCACUUACCGACGCAAAAUGUGUGGUCAUCGGCAUCAAGCACACCAAUGCCUGAGGAAACAUGCAAUCGCUCUGAAAGGAGGGCUGCAGCACUUGCCAAAUUCAGGCAAAAAGGAAAGAGCGCUGCUUUGACAAGAAGGUGA